UGCACGUACGAGACACUCGGGUUGGAGAAUGGACGGUAGGUUUGACGGUUCCAGUUGGUUUACCGCUGACGGGCCAGGUGCGCGAAACUCGUUCAUAUCCCACCUGCUGGGUCAUCCGUUCGUGUUCCAUUCCGUUUUGAGCAAGCUUCUCCCACUGCUUCCUCAUUCCAGCACAUCAGCACUUCUCGGGUUGUAUUUGUAGAAGCCGCGGGAGGUUCUGACGCAGGAGUUGUCUAUUACCUAGAGCUUGAACCCGAUUCCGGCCGAAGUAGAACACGCUACUUUGGACUCGUCAGCCCUGUCGCCUGUGGUGGCCCGAGCGAUACCCUAAAGCUCCCCUGUCAAGUAGAUAUGGCCCCAGCAGUCAUGGCAUCCCAGGCGUUGAUAGCCCAGUGCAUCGGCCUAGCUGCGGGUGCGAUAGCCAUGAAGUCCAUGAUGGAUCACGAGGCGUCCAUGGCUCCCCCAAUGAAUCCCUGUGCAACCUGCCACGGCACCAGGAAGAUCCCGUGCAUGUGCAACAAAUGGUCGGACGGAGAUGUGGGUUGCGGUACGUGCAACGGUUCUGGCCGGAUGCUGUGCAGCAGCUGCGGAGGCUCCGGUAAAGGCCGGCCAGCUCAGGCUCGCAUAACAGUGCGGAGUUCCUCGAAAUACUAGCUGUGGCCUCUCUGGCGGUUUGGUCUCUCCUGCAACUACCACUCUUCGUUGACCAUUGUGCAUAGUGUUGUGUAAAUUCCUCUGAACGAAACCGCUUCCGAAACUUGUCAAUCGUGUGAUAACGGGAAGAGCGAGACCUUCGCAUAUCGUGCUUGUGCGUCCAUGUCAUCAAAACAAUGUGUCGUUGUGUGACUACCCGAUUGUCCCUGCAUGUGCUGAUUAGCUGGUGACGCCGUAUUUACGACCAACUUUUGUGCGCAGACUUGAGAGUUAUGCGUUUUAGCGCGAUAUAACUAGCAAUGAAGGAACAGUUCGAACACGAAGAG